AUGUUAAAAACACGAUUCAUCGAUUUGAACUAUCGCAUUAAAAUUUUCCGAAUUACUGGAUUAACUCCAAAAUUAUCUAACUUCUGGCCACAAUUCUCAGAAAAUUUUCCCACCAUGUUUGUCCCAUCUAAAGAUCAGAUAAGAAAUGUUUUACUCUACGAGUUUCAUAAAGGUGUUAAUGCAAGUGCGGCAGCAAGAUCUAUUCAGAGCACUUAUGGGGAUGAUAUAGUGAAUGAAAGAAGUUGCAGGAGGUGGUUUUCCCGUUUCCGAAUUGGUGAUUUCACUUUGAAAGAAGAGCCAAAAGAGGGUCGUCCAAAAAAACUUGAUUCCAAAAUGUCGGAAGCUCUUGUUUCAGAGAACCCUGCCGUUACCACUAGGGAACUUGUAGAACAGUUAAACGUGGCUCAUACAACCGUGGUAUGCCAGCCAGCUAAAACACAUUGGAAAGAUUUCAGUAGCUGGAAAAUGGGUCCCCACGAGCUGUCUCCAGAGAAUCGACAACAGCGUGCUGCUUGUUGUCAAUCAUUGCUUUCGCAACACUUUCAAACAACAUUUUUAGACAGGCUUGUUACAGGUGAUGAGAAGUGGAUUCUUUACUCUAAUGUUAAACGUCGCCGUUCUUGGAUCAGUCGAAGAGGACGGCCAGUUCAACAACCGAGAGCAGGACUUCAUCCAAAGAAGAUCAUGUUGAGUGCAUGGUGGGAUAUUAAAGGAGUAAUCCAUUAUGAACUGUUGGACAAUAACCAAACAAUUAAUGCUAAUCUUUACUGUGAGCAAUUUCGUAGUUUGAAAACAGUUCUGAGCCAAAAGUGA